AUGAAAUAUUUUAGAAAUCAUGCUCGUUCUGUUGAUCUUGGCGGCGAGCUUGAGCUCCAAAGAGAUGACGAGCGAAGAACAUCGGCGAUAUUGCAGCCGAUUUGUAAAUCAUCAAGAUUUGAUUUGCCGAAAGCCUGCUCCUUCCCCGCCACCACCACCAACUUUGUCGCCAAAGUCGCCACCGACGAUGGAGCCGACGAUUUCGCCGACGACAAGCUCGUCCACUACAAGCUCGCCCACGACAAGCUCGUCUCCAACAAGUUCACCUCCAAAAGUUUACCUCCGCCAAGUUCAUCUCCUCCAAGUUCACUUCCGAGUCCUCCAUCGACGAGUCCUUCUCCUCCGACAAGUUCGCUUCCGACGACCGCCGAGAUGCCGAGCAAUCAAACCGACCCGAGCACCACGUCUCCAAGCCCAACGCAAUCGCCGAGCCCCACGUCAUCCACGCCGGGACUGCGCUCGCGGUACGAAACAAUUCCCCUGGAUGAAAUUGAAGGUGAGGACCCCUAUGAGCUCAGAAGAGAUUUUGAGUAUUUUGCAGCUCUUGAUGCAGAGAGGGCGGAAAGAGCUGACAACCGGAAGAAAGAAGAAGAAGAAAUUGCUGCGCAACGAGCUGCAGCAGAAAACGCUGCUGCCAAUGCUGCUUCCAGUGCUGCUUCCAAUGCCGGUCCCAGUACUGGUCCCAGAAAUGGCCCUACGACCACCAACUUGUCGCCACAAUUGUCGGAAGAAUCGUUUUCGAUUGAAGCCGAAAUUGAAAAUUUCGAAAGCUCGAGAACUCCUCCCGAGAAUCGAAGUUCAGCGCUCCAAGCGAAAACAUCGCCGCAGACCAUGGAGCAGUAUUUCGCCAGUCUUCCGCCCGAUGUUGUCAAUCACAUUGGCAAGUACGAAUCUCUGAAAGCCCAAUUUGAUGCGCAAUCGCCCAUCACAAAGAAACUGGCGAAAAUUACGGUGCCGCUCAAGAAGCUGAUCGAUACUCCGGCGAAACUUGGACUCUUGCGUCGGCAGCUCUUUGUGGAAACGCCGUUUCAAACUCCAGUUGCGUCGCCAGUUGCGUCGGCAAAUUCAUCUCCAGAGUUUGUGUCGGCGCUGCAAUCGCCGAUAGCAUCGCCAAAUAGCUCGCUGCUCUCCAACGAAGGGCGCGACUACUGGAAGAACGAGUACUGGAGCAAUUCUCCAGUCGCCAAGGUGCCGCCGUUUAGCAGAGUCGAGCCGAAAUCGGAGGCGAAAUCGGAGCCGAAAUCGGAGCCGAAAUCGGAGCCAACGACGGAGACAACGACGAAGCCCAAGUUGGAGGCAGUGCCCAAGUUGGAGCCAAAGACGGAGCCAGAGCCAGCGCCAGAGCCAGAGCCCAAGUUGGAGGCAGUACUGCAGCCCAAGUUGGAGGCAGUACUGCAGCCCAAGUUGGAGCCGACGAUGGAGCCGACGAUGGAGUCGACGACGGAGCCGACAAAGAUGGAGUCGCCAAAGAUGAAAUGGCCAAAGAUGGAGCCGGGGACAGCCGGCGAUUCGGCCGACGGGCUCACCAACGGGCUCCCGUACGGGCUCCCGUACGGGCUCACCAACGGACUCGUCAACGGGCUCACCAACGGACUCGCCAACGGGCUCCCGUCCGGGCUCACCAACUGGCAAAACGACUGGGAAGUAGACUGGCGAUUCGGAUGGCAAUCUGACGACGGGCAAUUUGUCACAAAGAAAGAGCCGAAAGCCGAAGGAAGCGUUUUUAUCAAGAAAUGGAAAAUCUCUUGGACGAAUUUGAUGGGCCACAAGAUCAAGAAUUUACUUUUAUCGACGGACUUGUUGCCUUUGGAAAUUACAUUUCAAAGCGAACACAAGCCGCCACCUCCACCACCACCAAUUGACUGA